AUGAUCGUGUUGGUUGCUUUCUUUUCGUUCCCUGCGGCUGCAACUCGGAGCAAAAUACGUCCAAACAUCGUUUUUCUCUUCACCGAUGAUAUGGGCUGGGACGACGUCAGCUUCCACGGGUCUCCUCAGAUACCGACACCCAACAUGGACGUCCUGGCCGCGGACGGCAUCAUCCUGAAUAACUACUACGUCCAGCCGUCUUGCACCCCUUCCAGAGCGGCGCUCAUGACCGGACUCUACCCCAUCCGGACCGGCAUGCAGCACAGCGUCCUAUUACCCGCACAGCCAUUUGGACUACCUCUGGACGUAACAAUCAUGCCACAGCACUUCAAGAAUCUCGGAUAUGAGACUCACAUGAUUGGCAAGUGGAACCUGGGAAACUACAAGCUUACGUACACGCCAACCUACAGAGGAUUUGAUAGCUUCUAUGGUUUCUACAGUGCUGGAGAAGACUAUUACGACCACACCGUUACCAGUGGUGGCCAAAUAGGACUCGAUUUUUGGCUCAACACCGAACCACUACGGAAUGUAAGCGGAAAAUAUUCGACUCAUCUAUACACGGAAAGAGCGAAAUUCCUCAUUGAGAACCGCAAUGCUUCAAAGCCCUUCUUCUUGUACCUGGCGCACCAAGCCCCCCACUGCGGAAGUGAUCAGGACCUUCUUCAAGCACCCCAAAAGAACAUCGAUAAGUUCCCGUACAUCGGGGAAAGAAACCGAACAAUAUAUGCGGGAAUGGUGGACGCUCUAGACGAGUCCAUCGGGGAGGUGUUCCAAGCACUGGGCGACGCCGGCAUUUUGGAGAAUACAAUCAUCGUGCUCAGCUCCGACAACGGAGGGCUCCCGAUAGGUUUUCAAUCGAAUCGGGGCUUCAACUUCCCCCUGCGUGGCGGAAAGGGCACCCUCUGGGAAGGAGGCUGCAGAGCGACCGGUUUCAUCUGGAGUCCCCUGCUCAAGCGCAAGGGCGUCGUCUCGGACCAGAUGAUGCACGUCACCGAUUGGCUUCCUACCCUCUACUCGGCAGCCGGAGAAGAUCCCCUGUCGCUGGGAAAGCUGGACGGCACAGAUAUGUGGGCGCCCUUGUCCCUCGGAUACGCGUCACCGCGCUAUGAGAUCCUGUACAACAUCGAUCCGAUCAACAACAAUUCGGCUCUUCGUUACACCAACUACAAGCUGGUCCUCGGUAGAACCAACGACGGGCAGUACGACCCGCGAUUCCUGACCACAGGAGGCUCGCGUCCCUACGACGACCUGGACCUCCUAAUGGUCCAGUCCACAGCGGCCAGGGUUCUGAGGGACCUUCGCAACAAGGGAGACCUCCAGUUUCCCGACCAGUGGCGGGAGAAGGCGACGCUCGACUGCGGCAACAAAGUGCCCAAGAACUUCGUGUCCUUGGAUCCGCCGUACUUGUUCGACCUGGCCAGCGACCCCUGCGAGAUCAACAACAUUGCCAGUUCGCAGGCAGGGCUGGUGGCUUUUCUGAGGGGCAGAAUACAGAGCUACGCGCAGACUGCCGCGGCCACGAUCAACCAACCUACCGAUCCCAACGGAUAUCCCGAAAACCUCAACGGAACGUGGGGCUCCUGGAUCACGUGA